GUCAACACAUACGACGCGUUUCUGUUGACUAAAUAAGUCCUCGCCGUCUCCUUUGGUUCAUCAUCCAUCAUCCUCUUUGUUUAAAUCAGGAGAAAGCUCACGAGAAUCCCUCUUCAAAUCAGAAACACCACAAAACAUGGCUGCGCGUACACUCCACGCGCUCUCAGUCUCCACCUUAUUCCUCCUCCUCCUCUUCUUCGCCGCAUCACCAGCGAAAGCUCAGCAACCGUACGUCAACAACCACCAGCUCGCCUGCGAGGUCCGCGAUUUCGACAACAUAACCAACGGAUUCACAUGUAAUGGCCCAAUUUCUUGCCGCUCCUACCUCACUUUCUAUUCUCAACCACCGUACAACACGGCGGACUCAAUCGCCAAACUCUUAAACGUUUCUGCCGCAGAGAUCCAAUCAAUCAACAAACUUCCCACCGUCACCACCAGAAUCCGUACCCGUGACUUGGUCGUGAUCCCAGCUAACUGCUCCUGCUCCUCCUCCUCCUCCUCCUCCGGAGGAUUUUACCAGCACAACGCCACUUACAAUCUCUCCGGCAACAGAGGGGAAGAGACUUAUUUCUCGGUGGCUAACGAUACUUACCAAGCUUUGUCCACGUGUCAAGCCAUGAUGUCACAGAACCGUUACGGCGAGAAAGAACUAACCCCCGGAUUAAACCUCCUUGUUCCUCUCCGGUGUGCUUGCCCCACCGCGAAACAAACCGCCGCCGGUUUUAAAUAUCUCUUGACUUACUUAGUCGCCAGGGGAGAUAGUAUCUCCGUCAUCGCCGAUAGGUUCAAUAGCACAACCGCUGCUAUAACCGAAGGUAACGAGCUUACAUCAGAAGACACUAUCUACUUCUUCACGCCGGUUCUUGUUCCUCUCAGAACUGAACCUACCAAAAUCGUUAUAUCUCCGUCGCCUCCUCCUCCACCUGUUAUUGCUACGCCGCCUCAAACGCCGGUGGAUCCUCCGGGAUCUUCUUCUUCUUCUCACAAAUCGAUUUACAUCGGCAUUGGAAUCGGAGCUGGUUUGCUUCUCUUAAUCUCUAUCUUAGCUCUCUGCUUCUACAAACGAAGGUCUAAGAACAAAUCAUCGUCGUCGUCGUUACCGGAGGAGAAUAAGCUCUUUGAUUCAUCUACCAAACAAUCUAUUCCCACAACAACGACUCAAUGGUCAAUAGAUUUAUCCAAUUCAUCAGAAGCUUUCGGUCUGAAAUCCGCCAUAGAAUCUCUAACACUAUACAGAUUCAACGAUCUUCAAUCCGCUACUUCGAAUUUCAGCGACGAAAACAGAAUCAAAGGCUCUGUUUAUCGCGCGACGAUCAACGGAGAUGAUGCGGCUGUUAAAGUGAUCAAAGGAGAUGUUUCUUCCUCUGAGAUCAACCUUUUGAAGAAGCUAAAUCAUUCUAAUAUCAUCCGUCUCUCCGGUUUCUGUAUCCGCGAAGGAACCUCGUACCUCGUCUUCGAGUAUUCGGAGAAUGGAUCGAUCAGUGAUUGGCUUCACUCAUCGGAUAAGAAAGUUCUGACAUGGAAACAGAGAGUUGAAAUAGCUAGGGAUGUAGCAGAGGCAUUAGACUAUCUUCAUAACUACAUAACUCCACCUCAUAUCCACAAGAACUUGGAAUCCACAAACAUACUUCUUGAUUCUAAUUUCAGAGCCAAGAUUGCGAAUUUCGGGGUUGCGAGGAUUCUUGAUGAAGGUGAUCUUGAUCUUCAGUUAACAAGACAUGUUGAAGGAACACAAGGCUACUUAGCUCCAGAGUAUGUGGAGAAUGGAGUCAUUACUCCGAAACUUGAUGUGUUUGCUUUUGGAGUUGUGGUUCUUGAGCUUCUUUCAGGGAGAGAAGCAGUGACAAUACAUAAGAAGAAAGAGAAGGAAGAAGAAGAAGAAGUGGAGAUGUUGUGUAAAGUGAUAAACAAUGUGCUUGGAGGAGAGAAUGUGAGAGAGAAGUUAAAAGAGUUCAUGGAUCCAUCUCUAGGAAAUGAGUAUCCGUUGGAGCUGGCUUACACCAUGGCUCAGCUUGCUAAGAGCUGCGUCGCAACUGAUCUUAACUCGCGCCCAUCUGUCACUCAGGUUCUAACCACGCUUUCGAUGAUCGUCUCCUCCUCCAUCGAUUGGGAGCCUUCUGAUGACCUUCUUCGUUCGGGCUCUCUUGGCAACUAGUUUAGUUUUUUUUUUCUUAUUGGUAGUCAAUAAGUAUUUAGAUUUUAGAUAAGGACCAUAAGGCUAAAACGUUGAGAUCAAAUAAGUACCACACUGUGAAACAAAGUAAUAAGAAGAUAUCAUAGAGAAACUUUAUUUA